CGGUCACCGGAAAUUGCUGUCCCUCUGUAGAUGGCGAUUAUGCACAACCACGAGCGAAGCCAGGCACCUUUGAUUGGCAAGCAUCUUGGCUGUGAUGAUUAACGACCGACGGUUCGCGGAAGUCCUCCUCCACUCUGGGCACUUGUCAGUGACGCCGCAUGAGAUUUGCGUCCAAUAUGUGCAGGUUAUGGAGUCCAGGAACUUUCCCUUGUCAAACACAUGCGGCGGAGGGCGCCCAACCAUGGUCUCGGGAUAGGAGAUAGGCGAUGCAGUGUAACCAUAAAUACUAAAGCUAGUGGGUUGUAAGUAUGCGCUCAUCAGUUUCUAUUCAAAUACCAAGCCUCACCCGCAUCCCAAGCUUCCGGGUCCUUCUUGGCUUUAUCUUGGGUGUCCUUGGUUGUAACGCUACUAAUGCUUGAUUUGCUGAUUGCAUCGUACCAAGAUGAAGACCACCAACAGCCUAGUCGUCGCGGCCGGCAUCAUUCCGAGUGUUCUCGCGUGUGGUAGCUGCUACGGGCCAACAAACCAUGUUGAACAUGUUCGACAUGUCAAGCGUAUGCAGCCUGGUGUCGCCAAUGCCUCGUAUGGACCGACGCGCGAGCUCGAAUGGGGUCAAUUGAACUUCUUACACACCACCGAUACGCACGGUUGGCUAGAAGGCCAUCUCAAAGAAGGCAACUAUGGAGCCGACUGGGGAGACUUUGUGUCUUUCUCAACCUAUAUGAAGCAGAAGGCGAGUGAAUUGGGUGUGGACCUGCUACUCGUGGACACUGGCGAUCUUCAUGACGGUGCUGGUCUAAGCGACGCCACCACUCCCGACGGAGAGAUAUCAAACACUAUCUUCGAGAAAAUUGAUUACGACCUCUUGACGAUCGGUAACCAUGAGCUAUACCUUGCCGAAGUCGCAUAUCAGACUUUCAAUGAGCUUUCAAAGUUUUGGGGUGACAAGUACCUUACCUCCAACGUCCAAAUUCUCAACAAUGCGACCAAUGAGUGGGAAUACAUUGGUCAACAGUACAAAUACUUUACCACCCCGAAUGGUGUGCGCAUAAUGGCGUUUGGUGUCCUCUUCGAUUUCACUACCAAUGUGAAUAUUUCCAAGGUCAUAAAAGCAAAGGAACUUGUUGCCGAACAGUGGUUUUUGGAUGCGGUCAACUUCACUGAGCCCGUGGACCUCUUCCUGGUCCUCGGUCACAACCCUGCACGAGUUGGCAAUGACACCGGCAGCACCUUCGGUGUUGUGCACGAUGCCAUCCGUAACGUCCACGCCAAGACGCCUAUUCAGUUCUUUGGUGGCCACAGCCAUAUUCGCGAUUUCGCGGUCCUCGAUGAGAGCAGCACAUCCAUCGAGUCUGGGCGGUACUGUGAGACACUCGGCUGGGUCAGCAUGAGCGGCUUCUCCAAGUGUAGCAGUGGAUGGCAGGGCGCCAAGAAUCCCUCAGGCGUCUCCAACCCUUCGAGAAAGGCAACGACCAACUCUACCUCGCCAUACACGUACUCGCGCAGAUACCUUGACUGGAACCGUGCCACAUUUGAUUUCCAUGCGUCGGAUUCCUUUGAUACAGCACUCGGCUUGAAUACCACUUCGGCAAUUACCGCCUACCGCAACUCGCUCAACCUGGAUGAGGUUUCUGGCUGCACGCCACAAAGCUACUGUAUGACCUGUGCCGAGUUUAACAGCACGGAUAGUAUCUACAGUCUUCUCUCAGAGGCCCUCGCCGGUGCGGUCGUGAACGAGACUCGCCAAGACAUCCCUCGCUACAUCAUCGCCAACACGGGCAGCAUCCGUUUCGACCUGUACAAGGGCCCGUUUACGUACGAUGACUUCUUCAUUGUGUCGCCGUUCACCGAUAUUUUCAUGUAUGUGCCCGAGGUGCCAUGCAGCCUGGCCAGCACCGUGCUCGGCGGCCUCAACCACGCCGGCGCCAGUGAGAAGCGCAGCUUCGGGUACAUGCCUGUCGAGCGCGAUAUCUGCGUCGACCCGAUCACGGCUCCCCUGACAUCCAGAGACUUGUUUGACCAUGCUCAUUUCCACAACGCCAUCACGCGCCGCCAGGUUGUGGAUUUGGUCCCUGGCUACACCACAACCGACGAUUUUGGCGAAGAUGGUGAUGAUACCGCGCACAGUUCGAUCCCUCACUUCGAUGUACCCGAUUUCUUCCAGGGCGAAGGUGGUUUUGGUGCCGAGGGAUGCACGGGCAACGCCGACUUGAUCUUCCUUGACUACAUCCAAAGCGACGUCUUGGAAAUAUUGGGCCCGGACUACAGCGACAGCGAUGUUGACUACUAUAUCAACUCCACCUAUAGCACUCGGGAUUACUUGCCCCAGUUCGUGCAGACGUCGGAAAUCUUCCAAUCUGGAAUGCCUACUUGUACUACUUAGCUCAUCAGCGUGCGUAGCUCGUACAAUAAUAAUAUUGUAAUGUCUCGAUGCAUAAAUGAGCUGAUAGAUCGAAUUCACUAAGACACUCUGUUUGCAC